GGCUAUAUCUGUCAACUGUCAGCCACCAUGUUAAUUUACGCUAAACAUUGCUAAACAAAAACAAAAUAGCAAAAUAAGCUUAAUUCUUCCCAGGAAAUAAUCAUACUGCUGCCUUGUAGUGCCUAUAAAGGCCAUUGGUGUCGCUGUGGGCCCACUUGACUCUCCGGAAACACACGAUAUGAACCGGAAAAAGUACACAAUGUUCAUGGCGAACAGCAUGUAGCAGAGCUGUUGGUACUCACUCUGGUCCAGUUGCGUGUUUUAAUUGAGCUAUUUUAACUGUUUGAUACGAGUUCGUAUUUUUAUAAGCAUAUAGAGAAGCUACUCUUGACCGGAGAUGGGAGUCCCGGCGUUUUUCCGAUGGCUCAGCCGAAAAUAUCCGUCAAUCAUUGUACAUUGUAUUGAGGAGAAGGGUAAAGAGUGCAAUGGCGUCCGUGUUCCCGUUGAUACAACCAAGCCGAACCCCAACGAGGUGGAAUUUGACAAUUUGUACUUGGACAUGAACGGGAUCAUUCACCCUUGUACACAUCCAGAAGACAAACCUGCGCCCAAAAAUGAAGAUGAGAUGAUGGUCGCCAUUUUUGAGUACAUAGACCGCCUGUUCAAUAUUGUGCGACCCAGGAGAGUUCUCUACAUGGCCAUCGAUGGAGUGGCUCCACGGGCCAAAAUGAACCAGCAGCGCUCUCGGCGGUUUCGCGCCUCGAAAGAAGGAGUGGAGUUGACUGAGGAGAAGAAUCGCAUCAGGGAGGAGAUCAUCCAGAGAGGAGGUUAUCUACCACCCGAGGAGAUUAAAGAGAGGUUCGACAGCAACUGUAUCACACCGGGAACUGAGUUUAUGGACAACCUGGCAAAGUGUCUUCGAUACUACGUCGCAGACAGACUCAGCAAUGAUCCAGGAUGGAGCAAUAUCACCGUCUUCCUGUCUGAUGCCAGUGUUCCCGGUGAAGGCGAACACAAGAUUAUGGACUUUAUCAGGAGACAGAGAGGUCAACCCAACCAUGACCCCAACACACACCACUGCCUGUGUGGAGCUGAUGCUGACUUGAUCAUGCUGGGCCUGGCCACCCAUGAGCCAAACUUCACAAUCAUCAGAGAGGAGUUCAAACCCAACAAGCCCCGCCCCUGCGCACUCUGCGGGCAGGUCGGUCAUGAAAUCAAAGAUUGUCAGGGGACGGCCAGAGAGAAACAGGGAGAGCAUGAUGAGUUUGCAGGCUCGAUGCCAGUGUCAGAACAGGAGUUCAUAUUCAUCAGGCUGUGUGUGCUGCGUGAGUACCUCGCCAGAGAGCUGACCAUGGCCAGUCUGCCGUUUCCGUUUGAUUUUGAGAGAAGCAUCGACGACUGGGUCUUCAUGUGUUUCUUUGUUGGAAAUGAUUUCCUGCCACAUCUGCCUUCCUUAGAAAUUAGAGAGGGAGCAAUAGAUCGACUGGUCAACAUCUACAAAGACGUUGUGCACAAAACUGGAGGCUACCUGACAGAGAAUGGCUACGUCGAGCUGGAGCGAGUCGAACUGAUAAUGCAGGCAGUUGGCGUGGCUGAGGACAAUAUCUUCAAGAAGCGCAAAGAGGACGAUGAAGGUUUCAAAAGGAGAAUGAAGGAGAAGAAAAAGAGGAUGAAGAUGGAUCAGCAGCGGGGUCCCGCCUACAUGACUACGGGCCAGUUUGCCCCUCAUGCCCUUGGGAGACGAGACCGACCUGAGGCAGUCCAGAACGCUCGGCACCAGGCCUUCGACAUGAGGAUGCAGUCCAGGGAGCAACACAAUAAGGAUGCUGCUCAGUCCCUGAAGGCCAUGAUGAGGAACGGUGGCAAUUCGUCUGCAGGGACAAGUGACAGCGCAGACAACAGGGGGGUGAAGAGGAAAGCUGAGGACAGUGACAGCGAGCCAGAGCCUGAAGACAAUGUCAGGUUGUGGGAGGAGGGCUGGAAGCAGAGAUAUUAUAAGACCAAGUUUGACGUGGAUGUGACAGAUGAGGAUUUCAGACAGAAGGUGGUUAAGUCGUACGUUGAAGGUCUUUGCUGGGUGCUGCGCUACUACUACCAGGGCUGUGCUUCCUGGGAGUGGUACUUCCCGUUCCACUAUGCCCCGUUCGCCUCCGACUUCAAAGACAUCAAAGAGAUGUUCACAGACUUUGAGAUGGGAACCAAACCGUUCAAGCCACUGGAGCAGCUGAUGGGAGUGUUUCCUGCUGCCAGCGGCAACUUUCUGCCUGAGACGUGGCGAAAUCUCAUGAGCAGUCCGGAUUCUUCCAUCAUCGACUUCUACCCCGAUGACUUUGCCAUUGAUCUCAACGGCAAGAAAUACGCCUGGCAGGGAGUGGCCUUGUUACCUUUUGUGGAUGAACGUCGGCUGAGGGCCGCGCUUGCUGAUGUCUACCCCGACCUCACACCUGAGGAAGAGAAAAGAAACAGCCUGGGGAGCGAUGUAUUGUUUAUAGGGAGGUCUCACCCGCUCUUCGACUUCAUCCACGAACUCUACCGUGCAGAAUCUCUCGAGGGCACUGAGAUCCCUGCAGAGCUCUGCCAUGGAAUCCAAGGUACAUUAAAUCUUGAUGACGACCCUAUUCUACCAGAUAAGACAGUGAUGUCACCCAUCCCAAUGCUGCGUGACAUUUCACAGAACAGUUCGAUUGGAGUGAAGUUCAAGGAUCCGCAGUAUGCAGAUGGCUUUGUGUUCAAGGCAGUCCUCCUAUCUGGAGCCAAGCUUCCCGAUAAGGUUCUGAAACCAGAGGAUUUCGACAGGGGGAACAGGGGUCCAUGGAGACCCCAGCUUGGCUUUAACCCAAACAGGCAGCAGGCCCACCUGGACCAGUCUGGCUUCCGGGCUCUGAGUCACAGUCAGAACAGAAACCAUCGUGGCCGAGGACAGUACAGCAAUGCGGCGCCACCAAGCAGCUACCAACAAGGAAACUACCGUCCUCAACACGGCGGGGGCCAGCACUCUUAUCAACAUUCCAGACAGAACAGUUUGCUGGGAGCGCCUCCUUCCUUCCACCAGCCUCAGUAUCCAAGGCAGCAGCAGUACGGAGGUGGGGGUCACGGGUGGGACCGGGCCAUGCAGUCGCAGCAGUCGGCGUACCAGCAGAACGCGAGCCGUGGUCAGGGAGGGGCCGGGCCGGGCGGCUACCAGCAGCGCUACGAUCAGCGGAGAGACAACUGGCACGAUCGCAGGGACAAUCGGGGACAGCAGCAUCAGGGCUACAGCUCUGGCAGAAGUUACCCUCCUCCUCCUCCAUCCAGCCGGUAUCACUGGAAUUAAACUCCAAGUGAUGUUGGACUUUGGGACCGUGGGGUUUAGGGUUAGUGGGGCGAAUAUUUGUAGGGGGAGACACGUCAUGUGUUUUUUUCAUUUUUAAUUGUCUUCUUGUACAAUUUAAUUUUUUGUUUCUUUUUAUUCUACUUCAAAAAAAAAAAACUUCAUGCUGUAACUUGUGAUUUUUAAGAUGAAAGGCCUGUAAAACUUGUAAAAUACAAGUGAGUCAAAGGACGAAGUGUCCGCUGUGUUUAUUUUUUGAGAGAAAUCUCCGAAAUGUUCACGUGUUUCUGAACAAAAAAAAUGAAAUAAAACGUUGAUGUUGGAUUGUA